UUAACAGAGAAGCACGAUUAGGAACCGAACUAAGUGUGAAUUGCACAUACGCGGUCAAAUUUAGAGACAUUUUAAUUUUAAUUGAAGAAAACGAAAGAUGAGCGAUGAAAAUACUAAUAACGAUGAAAAACUUCAACUGAAGGAGAAUCUCGAGAGCGCAGACAACGUCAAUGCCGAAGUUGACCUCGAUGAUUCGAAAGCUAAAUUCAUCAAUGGCGGAAAGGGUGUCGACACAGCGGAUGGUGAUGUCCGUGUUGAGAUUGCCUCUUCAAGCGACACAUCAUUCACCGGACUGGGAAAAGAUGAUUUGAUGAAGUAUGCAACUGAUCCAUUUUGGGUGCGAUUACGAUGGAUUUUGUUCAUUCUUUUCUGGGUAGGUUGGGUGGCUAUGUUGGCUGCCGCCAUCGUCAUCAUUGUGUUGGCGCCACGUUGCCCACAUCGUCCUGAUCUAAAAUGGUACAACAAAGAAGUUGGUUAUCAAGUUUUGACGGAAUCGUUCCAAGAUUCAAAUGGAGAUGGUGUUGGCGACAUCAAAGGUAUCGAGUCCCGUAUGAAAUAUUUUGAUGAACUGGGUGUAAAAUCGCUGUGGUUGAACUCCAUCUUUAAGUCGGACAAUGUUGAUGGCAACAAUGGUGUUAUUGAUUAUAUGGAAAUUGACCCCAAGUUGGGAACCAUGGAAGAAUUCCAAUCACUCACAAAGAUGAUGUUCAAAAAAGAAAUGCGGUUGAUCCUGGAUUUCAUUCCCAACCAUACAAGCAGAAAUCAUACAUGGUUUCAGAAAAGUCAGACUGGAGAAGCCGGAUUUGAAGAUUUUUAUAUUUGGGCUGAUACUGAUAAUGGAUGGAAAGAUUCUUAUGGUAAAUCUGCAUGGGAGUUUGACACUGUGAGAAAUAAAUACUAUCUUCAUCAAACAGCGAAGGAAUUCCCCGAUUUAAAUCUAAGAAAUGAGAAGGUCCUCGAUGAACUGGAGAAAAUCAUGCGUUUCUGGAUCAGUAAAGGUGUAUAUGGUUUUAAUAUCCUUGAUGCUCAAUAUUUGACUGAGAACGAAAAUCUAACCGCACAGGCUGCUGAUUCAACUGUUGAAACUAUGAAUUAUAAAGAUAAUAUGGAAGUUAUUAGUAAAUGGCGAGCAAUUCUAAACUCCUUAUCAGAUAAACCAGGCCGUGAAAAGGUUCUAAUAGCUACCUUCCCAGGUAAAUUCAGUCAAAAUGAUACCAUGGAAUAUUUUGGAUCUGAUGAUGGUUUCAAUGUCAUACCUAGUCGUCUAUUCUCAGAGUUAGACAGAACAUGUGAUGCGGGAUGUCUGGAACGACAAAUUAAAAAUCAAGUUGGAUCCAAUGAUAAAUGGAGAGGAUGGAUUCUGGGUAAUCAGAAUACAGCUCGAGCUGCUACAAGAUUUGGCAUGAAGUUGAGUAAAUUGAUGCAGACAGUACAGUUGUUAUUGCCAGGAACUGGCUAUGUUUAUUAUGGAGACGAGAUCGGAAUGAAAGAUGGUGAUUAUGAUGCUUCCCCACCAGUAGAUAGUUACAGAAAGGAAAAUGGUGGCACUAUACGAGACCGAUUCCGAACACCCAUGCAAUGGGAUAAUACAGAAUUUGCAGGAUUUAGUUCUGUGAAACCGUAUAUUCCACUCUCGGCUGAUCAUGCUGGUAAAAGUGUUGCUACCGAGAAAGCACAUGAUUUUGACGGUUCUUACAACAAUUUGGACUUAUUCAAAGCCCUGGUAAAACUGCGAGAGGAAGAAUCUUUCUCAUUUGGUGAUCUCAAAGUCUCGGUCAUCGACACCGUUUUAUUGUUGAAUCGCAAAGCUACUGGAUUCCCCGGAUACAUGGUGGCUGUUAACCUGGGAGCCGAUAAAAAGGCGAUCGCAGUGACUGCAGGUCCCGACACAGAAGCUCCAUCUGUUGUACAACUCGUCUUUCACUCUGGUAAAGAGGUGAAAGAGGACGAGCCAAUCAAUGUCAAAGAUCAACUAGCUACCAUUCCUCCUCAAACUGCAGUUGUCUUCAAAUUUAUAUCAUAAAAUUAAUUAGAAUUAUUGAAAAAUAACACAACUAGUAUUCAUUUAGAAAAGUAUAAUUGAUCCUGAUGAGAAUUCCUGUGUUAAUGUCUUAUCUUUGUUUUAAAUUUUAACUUUUGAAUAAUGUUGAGAUUGGUCUCGAUCAAUUGGUGAAUUACAUUUACAUGUCCAGUAGGCCUGCUUGACAUCGCUGAAUUGGUCUCAAACUAAAGAGGUCCUCCCUAGUCGUUUAAACUACUGCCCCAUUUGAGUGAUUGUGUUUUUUGUAGCGCUAGGAGUGCAAUUAGCGCGAUAUAAAUGAACUUAUUGUUUAUUAUUAUUAUAUGACAUGUUAAAUAUAAAAUUUAAUUAUUUGAGGAAGAAAAUGAUUGCCACAUCAAUAAUUUAUAAAUGGCACAAACACUGAGUAAUUGCCUUAAAUCUUAAAUUCAUGGGUCUGUUAACAGUGGAUACCAGUAUCAACACAUAAACAUUUUAAAUAAAAAGUUGUUUCGUUAAGUAAGUUUUUAUAUUAAAUAAUUAAAAUAAAUAAUUAAAAUAUAGUUUGUUAUAUGUACUUGUACAAAAAUAAAGAAACUUGGGAUUAUUAUUAUUAGGGUUCUCAUCAGGGUCAAGCUAGUAAAAUUUUACCCUAACAAAAGAAUUUGUGAAUUGAAUCUCGCUAACCUUGACAACAUCUUUACUAGAAAAAACAACCCUUUAGCUUAAAAUUGGAGAGAAAUAAACUUAUUUGGCUUCAA